AUGGUUCGCCGUGUCAAGGUCUCCCGGGCUUUAGGUCCGUCGCAUGACCCCACGCCCAUCUCGUCUACUCUUACGACACCACUGAGUUCCGCCUACCCUUCGACGUACGCCUCCGAAGCGGACUGGGACAGCGAGGUGAACAACUUGCCCAUGAGCGCGCUCUCUCUUGAGCAGAAGAAGGCCAGACGGAAGGCGAAGCCCUUCCCCUUCAUGUCACUGCCGUCCGAACUUCGCCUCAAGGUGUACGACUACUACUUCGAGGGCGACGGCAAGGUCAUUGAUCUUGACCCAGACAACUAUAAGAAAUACCACAAAAAGCUCGGCAUUCAAAGGGUUUGCCGUACCAUAUACCAAGAAGUCUCCCACUACUUCUACAGCAGCCGCUCGUUCCGGAUCUUUCCCACUCACCCGGGCAAGUAUUUCAAGACCAAGAAGCCGCUGCUGGCCCGCAUGAAGCCAGCCUCACGAUCCCACAUCACCUCGUUGGAGCUGCGACUCGGUCCCGGCUGGAGCAAGCCGCCACGAGGAUGGAUAGUCACUCCAGCUUUAGGACUGCAGCAAUGCGUCAACGUCCGUCGACUCCUGGUCAUGGUCGAAUGCGACCCCAGCGACGGUAUCUUCAACGGAUUCCGCCGUUCAGACGGCUUUUACGAAGGCUUUUGUCGAUCUCUUCUUACAGAGGUCAUGAACGAGAUGCCCUGGCUUGACACGGUCACUUUUGACGCGUGGCCAAGUGUUAAGAAAUCGGGUGCAAUGAUGAAAGGGCUCCUCGAAAUAACUGCGGCGAAUAACCGCAAGAUUCGCUGGGGCCCCGACCGAGGAUGGACCGAUGGGCCUGACGACGAGCCUCAGCCCAGCAGCAACCUUGUUCUGGUGCCGCCGCCUACCGAGUUCAAUACGUCCAGCGUAGGCGUCUUGGUCAUGGCGUAA